AAAAAGAAGAAGAUCCAGCUGAAGUUCUCUUUGGACUGUGCCCAGCCUGUUGAGGACAAAAUUAUGGAUAUCGAAAACUUUGAACAAUUCCUUAAUGGAACCAUCAAAGUUGAAGGCAAAACGAACAAUUUAAGUGAUCAUAUAAUAAUCGAGAAAACAAAAUCAAAAUUGGUAGUUAACAGUGAUAUCCCUCUUUCAAAAAGAUAUCUCAAAUACCUGACCAAGAAAUUUUUGAAAAAGAAUAACCUUCGUGAUUGGCUACGUGUUGUAUCGGCCGGUCCAAUGGGAUACGAACUACGUUACUUCCAGAUCAAUGAAGAAGAAGAAGAAAAUUCUUAA